UUUUUUUGCAUUCUCCUAAUUUAUAUGUAAACUUCUUGAUGCCUAGUGACAAAGAAACAAAUAAUUGGAAUGAAAAUGUAAAAAACGAUUAAUAAUGGAUAUAGCAGACUCAUCAAGACUUAGUUCAACUGAUGCAAGACUAAAAAGUUAUGCGAGUGAUGAAGAUUUGUUAACUGGAGAACUAGCCUCAACUCGUAAAGAAAGAACACGAGAACCAUCUCAAAUAACACAGCUGUCACCAGAAGACUUGAAGAAUUCAUCAAUUCCAAAUAUUGUUUUGACAAAUCCUGUUGUCCUCAGUCAUCUACGAAGAUUGCAUGACAGGGCAACCAAAAAGGAAUCAUUACCUAUAGAUGACGACGAAGAAGAAAGAAAAUAUCAAAUGAAAUCAAAAAUAGAAAAGUAUAACCAACGGAUCAAUAGAGGAGCUCUUCGAGUAUCUAUGGACGAGAAUCUUUCAUUCUCUGGCGCCCUCAUUUUCCACUACAAAGGAAUCACUGACAAUGAAGAAAUCAGCCAUUUGAUGUCGCUGACAAGCAACGAUACCGUGAAAGAUAUCUUACCCAAGAUGAGAGAAAAAUUUGAAAUUUCCGACAGUGUGAAAGCGACAAUACGACAGCUAAUAAAUGGAGAUGAAAUAUUGCUUGACCCUGAAGAUCGCCCUUUGGAUCUUGCAGUGAAUGCAAAUUCUGCCGUAACAUUCAAUAUCGUAUCUGGGUCAGAUAGAACAGCAGAAGUUUUGAGAAAUAUACAAAGCGGAAGUUUUACACCACAGCAACGUAGAAAGCUUAUGGAAAAAUUCAACAUAGACGAUGAUAACAUGUCUUCAUCUGAUUUUGGUGGAACAAGAACAAGUCAAAGCAGUGCAAGCGAGAGUACUGGGAAAUGUGAUAGUUUGGAAGGAUCUCCAAUUACUAAUGAAAGAACUCGAACGAGUCGUUUAAGAUCUUCCUUAUCACAGGUCAAAUCGCAGACAGGCAAAGGUAAAGAAAUUCCCCAGAAGACAUCUUCAGAUAUAAGAAAAUUAGAUCACUUACAAAACGGUAAUGCCAAGAACAUUGAUAAAAGGCCCGUACUAAGUGUCACUACGAUUCCCAAACAUAAUGGAAAAGUGCAAGGGAAGACUGGUAAAAAGUCGCAGCCCUCACAAAAUAGGCAAGGAAGAGAAACGACGGUUUCGGCAUCUGCUCGUAAGAUACUUUCCAGUUUGCGAAAAACCGGGCGAGGAAGAUCGGCAUCAAGAGAUCGUGUUGAACGUCAAAGUCCAGUCAAAUCACCUCCACAACCUAGUCCCACGCAAGAUGAUUUAUCGUCUGACGUACACCUUCCGGGAAUCCUAAAGAUUUUCGGUGAUGCCGUAAGUCCAGGAGCUAACUACAAAAGUGUGCUAGCGACGCGACAAUCUAAAGCUCGGGAAUUGGUGAAAGCUGCAUUGGAACGCUACGGCGUACCUCGGAGUAUGAGUAAAAAAUUCGUAUUAUGUGAAGUAGUUGGACGUUUACGAAUGGAAAAAAUACCAGUUAAGUUGAAGGAAACUGGAAAAGAAGGCAAGCCAGGCUAUUCUGUUGUUGUAACACACCAAGAAAGUAAUAUUACAAAAGAUAUUCUGGACGAAAAAUUUGUGGAGGAUUAUGUCCGUCCAUUAAAUGAUCAUGAAAAACCGCUUGUACUUCAAUCAUUGUGGAAACCAUUGGAAGGAUACGCAAGAAGAUUUGAACUAAGAGAUCGUACACAGGUUCUUGAUUUAAUAAAAACAGAAAAAGAUACACAAACACGUGACGUUAACGCUCAAGCAAAACGUAUCAUAAUGAAAAACGCGAGGCUUUCCAGAACUCAAUCAUCUUUGGGUAUUAAAGUUCCCGUACAUGAUGAUGAUGGUUCGUCCAGCGACGAAGAAGACAGCGAACGACAAAAACAAUUUAAGACAAUAGCGGAUAAAAACAAUAGAAAUUCAAUCGAAAAUGUAACACCACCAACACCAGCGCAGUUUGCAGAUGAUGAAACUGUUAAUAGUGAAGCAACAGACGGAACGCCAGUGCCAUUUCUGAUAACAUUACAAGGCGAGGAUGGUGUAUCGAGCAAUACAGGAAAAGAUCGCGGGGGAAGUCUGGUACAUUAUUUGGACACAAAGGUCACUGUAAUCGGAAGAAAUCGAGUUGAACCAACAACAGAAGGAGAACCUACUCCGGGAACAACAAAUGAAGUCAACAUUGAACUGUUGGACGAGGAAAUCAAACAACAUCAUUGCGUCAUAUACCGUGUUAAAGACGAUGAAAAUACGAACUUGAAAAUACCUUCGAAGGCACCAUGGAAAGUGACGUUACAUCUCGUUGCAGAUGACUGUGACGUAACUGUAAACGGGCAAAGUGUAGCGUCUGAUAAAGAACUUGCUAAUGGAGAUGUAAUAACAGUCGGGUCAAAGUAUAUUUUUAUGCUCAAGGACCCUACAUCAAAAAGUGAUUUGAAUACCAAUAUGAGGCUCGGGGGUUUAAAUCCCAGUGUAAAUAGAUUGAACAGUAUUGCAAGUAGAGGAAGUGCAUUCACACCCGUAAAGAAACGUUAUGUUGAAAUGGAAAUUAACUACAGAUCGGAAUAUGAGGACCAUGUGUUGGAUUUAAUUUUUACAGCCGCAAACGAUAUUCUCGCGAUAUCAUCAUCAAAAGUACAUUCUGAAAUAUGCGAUCGCGAGUUGGCGCCAGCGAGGCUUUUGAUCCACUGUAUCGAACAAGCGUGCUUCAAUUUCACAACUGAGCAAAAACGAAGUUUGUUGUUUGUGGUCGCCACUAAUCUGCAAACAAUACUCUUGGAUGCCACAGGGAGUGUCUCUCUUCAAGAUGAUGCAAAAAUAAAGAAUCCUGAGGAAGGUAUCAACUACAUAUUGCCAAAACUGGAAGCCGUUGUAUUUUGGAUGUCAAAUUCACUUGAAAUAUUCAGCUACUUACAAGCAGAUUUCGUUGAAAGAAUCAAAACGAGAGUUGCAAAAGAAAUUGAAUUAAACGAGGUUGAUCAAAAUUUACUGAACGAGGCUUCCGGGUUUCGUGUCAGUGACGAUAUUCUGGCUGUGCUGGAAGAGGUGGUGAUGUACGCGUUUCAACAACUGGUCUAUUACUUAACCAAGACUCUCUAUGGAGCUCUUCCGACCGUGUUGGAUACAAAUCCAUUUUCUGAAGUUAGUGAUGAAACUGAUUCAGUAAAAGGAACUGGACAUGUUAUAGCAAUAUACGAGGCUGCUUUAGGUCUGACAAGGAAAUAUGGAGUACAUCCUGCUAUCGAAUCACAACUUUUUGCAUACCUGUUUUUCUUCACAAACGUAUCACUGUUCAAUACACUUAUGGAAGAAGAUGCAGCUUCUAAGUAUUACCGCUGGGACAAAGGAGUUCAAAUAAGAGGUAACUUAGAAGAAAUUGAAUGCUGGGCAAACGACAAAGGAUUUCAAGAACAAGCUUCGGAAUUCCUUCUCAAAUUUUCAACGUUAACGAAUUUGUUAGCAACAACAAAAACGCAAAUGUUACAGAGCACAUGGAGUUGUUUCCGUCGGGAUUUUUCUCAACUACACCCUGUACAACUACGUCAAGUACUAGACGGGUAUAUACUUGGACCCAGAGUAAAGAAAAGACCUGCUGAUUGGAUUCCAGAUGCGGUAGACCUCGAAGAAUCUUCUGAAGAAGAUUAUCUACAAGAAAGCUAUGACAACCACCCUCCACUUGUACUACCAACAGACGGAACUCAAAUUGACUUAGAGGCAAUCCCUGCUGAGCCAUGGUAUAUGAGUCUACGCGAAGUCUUGCUGGCAGUGGGACAAGGGUGCGAUGUUGGAAAUGUGCAGUUACAAGAAUCGUGGAUUCCCAAUCCGGGAAAAAACAACACUGUAGUAGGAGAAAGACAGCAACCCGACGGCCACGAAAUUCCUCCCGGAUAUCAUCCUCACUUCUCUCACUCUUCAUUAUCAUCUUCAACAACUUCUUCCACGACCGGAAAAACUACAACCACAAUCAAUUCCAACAAUAACAAUAAAAACUACCACAGAACAAAAUCCUUAAACCAAGGAGACAUUCAUGAGCAUGUUAAAACGAGCGUAAGAUCAACUAGUCCUUCUUCAACCAGCAUGAGUUCAAUAUUGUCGGAUUCAACGUCACACGCGUCAUUUACAGGAGAUGGGAAACAGAACUUGGUUUCGCCUUCUAGUUAUAACUCUGAUAUCUCAAGUCCAGUACCUGCGCCAAGAGGUGUACAAGCCCCAAUUCCAUCACCACGAAACCACAAGUCUCAUGGCUUCCACUCUAAAAAAGGAACGUCAAAAACCAACGACAAACACACUAGCGCACCAAUGAAAUAUGCAACACUGGACAGGCCGUCCAGAAAAGCAAAGCGCAAAGCUCAGCAGCAGGCUAAAGCGGCACUUACAGAUGAUCAAAGUUGUGAUUACAAUUCGUUGCUGCCAUCACAUCAAAAAGAAGAAACUCGUCUCCAGCAUCAACAAUUUCCCACUUCAGCAUUCCCAGAAAUGACAAACAACAAACUGCAUACAUUACCGAGCGAAGUAUUUAUAGUCGACGUUGUAAAAGGAAGAAAUGGACUAGGACUGGGGUUGGUAGAUGGAAUGUACACCAGUUUACAAGUACCAGGAGUUUUUGUUAGAUCAUUGGUGCCUGAUGGCCCAUCAGUGAAGCACGUGCGUAUGAAACAUCAAGAAGUGAUAAAAUGUUGGCUUCAAGAGGGGAGGUUGUUAUUGGGUGACAGAAUACUAGCCAUCAAUGGAACUAGUUUAAUAAGCAUGAAUUAUACGAGUGCAAUGGAAGAACUCCGUCUAUCAGGAGAUCGUAUGAGAUUUCUAGUCGGGAGAUCGGGAGCAGAUGUAGCAAUGAGAAUAACAUCAUCAAGCUGCUAACGAUUCCGUAUCCAAAGCCUUUGUCAAUUUCUUCCUUACUUCCUUAUAUUGCUCUUCGACACUUUUUUUUUAAUUUUUGUUACAUUUUUUGUAAUGCAUGCACAGUCUGCAAUAAAUAACUAAACGAAUUCUUAGCUUGUCAUGGAAUUGAGAAUUUUUUUAUUUAAAGGAAGAAACUAAAAAGAGAAUCCGUAUCAUGUGCUUUAAAAUCGGAAAUUGCCUCCUUUUCUAAUCGAUCAAAUGACAAAAUACACCGUUUUUUUUAAUUAGUAAUACAUAAGUUGUCCAAAUCGAAUGAUUGUUCUUAAAAGUUUCAAGAAGGUUUCGUUUCAAAUUUUAAUUAAGUAAAUCAAGAAACGUUUGUGCAUGCUUUUAUGUUGCAAUUAUCUCAGUUAAAUUGUCAUUUGAGUAUUAUAUAUUGCAUCUAUUAUUGAUAUUUUGAAAACUUUUUUCCAUUUUUUACCAAAUAAAUGAAAUAUGUAUUGUAA